AGCAAAACUGUCCCUUACCAGAAAAGCUUCCCUUCCUUCUCACUCUGCCUUCGCUGGAUCUUGCUCUUUUGAACUGAUCAGAACAGACAAAUGUAGCCACCCACCUCUAGGAGGAAAACUGAGCUGCAGCCCUGGUGAAACAUAAAGUUUAUUUGACUAAAGUGACGCAAAAAUUCUUGAAGAGCUCUUUGGCAGCAGAUUAUCUGGAAAUCAGACCAUGUGAGGGGGAUUGGUGUACAAAAACCUCACCAAGAUACUGAGUUGCCCACAGGCUGAGUUCCCAAGACUCUGAAGUAAAUGUGGGUGAAGGUUACUCGAGCUUGGAUAACUCCAAGGAAAGCGCUUCAAACCAAUCCGAAAGACAGCCUUAUCUGGGAAUACAUGAGUUAACUGGAGGGAGCUCACUACUCAGCCAUUUUUACUUCGAUGGUGUUUGUGCCUUCAAUCGGAUGGAUUUAAAUAUGGAAAAAGAAUUCUAAAAGUGCUGGGAAUACGCUGGGAAUAAAAGCGUGGGAGGACAAGCCAGAAGGGGACUCUGUGCUGCUGUUCAUCUGUUUAAGUGAUCACAACAAAUCUUGGAAAAAAUGGAAAAAAAGCCAACAAGCAAUGAGACUGAGCCACUGACUUCCAAGAAAGAUGUCUCAGACUGUAAUGAAGGAGAAGAUUGUAAAGAGAACAGACUUCUGGUCAGGAACCCUAAAUCUGCCCUACGGCUAGUGGAGGAUGGCAAUAAAGUCCGUCCCAGCCAGGGAGAUAAAGGGGAGGCAGCUCAGAUCUCAAAUGGUUAUUCAGGGGUUCAGAGCUCGGUUCCCUGCAAUGGAAUGGGAGAGGUGGAAGAUGCCCAGUGCACUGCCCCAGCAGCCCCAACCACCACUACAACCACCACUUCUGCCACCUGUGGAGCAGAAGGCCAGCAGCAGCUGAUGGAGCUAGAAGACAGAGAGACCUGGAGUAAAAAAAUUGACUUUCUACUCUCUGUCAUUGGCUAUGCAGUGGAUCUGGGAAAUGUGUGGAGAUUUCCUUAUAUAUGCUACCAAAAUGGAGGAGGAGCAUUCCUCAUUCCUUACACAAUUAUGGCCAUCUUUGGAGGCAUUCCUCUCUUCUAUAUGGAACUAGCACUAGGACAGUACCACAGGAAUGGCUGUAUUUCAAUUUGGAGAAAAAUAUGUCCUAUAUUCAAAGGAAUUGGCUUUGCCAUCUGUAUAAUAGAUCUUUACGUAGCCUCCUACUAUAACACCAUUAUGGCUUGGGCCUUUUACUACCUCGUAUCCUCCUUCACGGCGGAGCUGCCAUGGACUAGCUGCACAAAUGCUUGGAACACAGGCAACUGCACAAACUACUUCAGCAAGGACAAUGUCAGCUGGUCCCUGCACUCCAUCUCUCCCGCAGAAGAAUUUUAUACCCGCCAAGUUCUACAGGUGCACAGGUCCAAUGGGCUGGAUGACCUGGGAGGCAUUAGCUGGCAACUGACCCUCUGUUUAUUGUUAAUCUUCACCAUUGUAUACUUCAGCAUCUGGAAAGGGGUCAAAACAUCUGGCAAGGUGGUAUGGGUGACUGCCACAUUCCCUUACAUCAUACUCUUUAUCCUGCUUGUGAGAGGUGCAACUUUGCCUGGGGCUUGGAGAGGUGUCCUCUACUACUUGAAACCUGACUGGCAAAAACUCCUGGCCACUGAGGUUUGGGUGGAUGCAGCAGCUCAGAUUUUUUUCUCCCUUGGUCCAGGUUUUGGGGUCCUGUUGGCUUAUGCCAGCUACAACAAAUUCCAUAACAACUGCUACCAAGAUGCUCUGGUUACCAGUACUGUGAACUGUGUGACUAGUUUUGUGUCUGGAUUUGUCAUUUUCACUGUGCUGGGAUACAUGGCUGAGAUGAGGAAUGAAGAUGUGUCAGAAGUUGCCAAAGAUACUGGACCCAGCCUUCUCUUCAUUACGUAUGCUGAGGCCAUUGCAAACAUGCCUGCUUCCACUUUCUUUGCCAUCAUCUUUUUCCUGAUGCUGCUCACGCUGGGGUUAGACAGCACGUUUGCAGGACUAGAGGGAGUGAUUACUGGAGUACUGGAUGAAUUCCCGCAUGUCUGGAGCAAACGCAGAGAAUUCUUUGUCCUUGGUCUGACCAUCAUUUGCUUUUUGGGAUCAUUAGCAACCCUGACAUUUGGAGGCGCAUAUGUGGUAAAGCUGUUUGAAGAAUAUGCCACUGGUCCAGCUGUCCUAACUGUUGUGUUUCUGGAAGCAGUUGCCGUGGCCUGGUUCUACGGCAUCACCCAGUUCUGCAAUGAUGUGAAAGAAAUGCUAGGCUUUACCCCAGGCUGGUACUGGCGAAUUUGCUGGGUAGCAAUUAGUCCCAUCUUCCUUCUGUUUGUCACUUGCAGCUUUCUGUCCAACCCUCCUGAGCUACGGCUUUUUGAUUAUAAUUAUCCCUACUGGACCACAGUAGCAGGUUAUUGCAUAGGAACCUCUUCUAUUAUCUUCAUUCCAAUCCACAUGGUUUAUCGGUUGAUCAUCACUCCAGGAACACUUAAGGAGCGUAUUCUGAAAAGCAUUACUCCAGAAACAGCUACAGAAAUUCCUUUUGGAGACAUCCGCAUGAAUGCAGUAUAAGCUAACCUGUUUUCUGGGGAGAAAGAGGGGGAGCAUAAAAUGUAACUUUCUCCAUACUAUGCCCCCAAAUAAUUACAUUUCCAGCUGAGACAACAAAUGGAGGAGUUUUCUGUGGAGGCUGCAUCACUGACAAUGGGCAUUUGGAAAUACAAUGCCUCCAGCACAUUUAUCCAAGCAAUUCAAUGAAAUCUACUGUGCACUUCUAACCAGACUGAACUGACUGACAACUAAGUCAUUCUGGAAACAAGAGGUUGUCUGUGUGCACACCACUACUCCAUGAGUGGGCACUCGAGCUGUUUGAAAGUGUGCGUGACUGCAAAAGCCACUGUAGGACGAGUAUCAGCAGGUGGGAGUAGGUGUAGAUCCCAAGUCUGUGGCAGUACUCCUGUAUCUUCCUCAAUGUGAUUGUUCGUACUGGGCAAUGUCGUAUUUGCUUCUAAGGUUCUAAUUGCUUAAACUACACUGAAAAAUACAAAAAUAUUUCUGAUAGCCAUACAUUACUCAAGUACCACAGGGUUUUAUAAAGCAGGAAAAAAAAAUAUAGCAAAUUCCCCAAGUUUGAAGUUGAGUAGACAGAGGAAGAGGAAACAAUCCUGGGCAGCACUAAUAUACAGCUCUGCAUACAUUAGCACACGUAUUUGGUAGCAUUAUCCUCUUUUGCGUUUCCUACAUUUUGUAAAUGGUAACAGUUUCUAUUAUUUCUUGCAUAACAAAUACUACAAAAGCAUUUUUGUAAUGUUGUAGGCUUCACUUUCCCUUAGACCCAGUCAAGCCACAAAAACUCAUCGUGGGUUACUUGAGAAGUACCAGAGUUGCUACCACUUACUACAGCAUUUUUAUAACCAAGCUAUAUAUUCACAAAAUCACUGUCCUGACAGACCUAACACUUACACCCAAAGAAACUACAAACCAAAAAUUACUUUUUUUUUGAGUUCUGAUGCCAAAAAGUGGAAUCUUAAAGAUCUGCUGCUCUGCUUCGUAGUUUUGGUUUUAGGUUUUUUGUUUCUUUUUAAUUUCACACCUAAAAUUUGCUGGAGCCUGUGGCUUUUUCUAUUCUUUCCUAGUACAGAAGUAAAGUUUAGAAUAAUCCUUUUGGCUGGCUGGCAAAAGUACAUUUAACAAACUAUACAAACCUACUUUGAAGAUUUAAUAGCUCAUAUUCUAACGUGAACACAUUUGAUUUUCACCCUGAAGAAGAAAAGGAGGGGAAUUUUUUUUUUUUUUUUAACAAAAAGAUGAGUAGAGCUCAGCAGGAUUGAUUCUCAUCAGAACUAUUUAUAUUAAAUUUUGAGGCACUGAUAUACAGAUUAACUUCCAUGCACAUUAACCUCUUUCUAUUAUAUGCAUACACAUGCUCUCCGAAUGUAACUGCCCUUCAGACUGACUGCAGCUGCCAAGUCAGUUGGAGGACAAUAGUUCUGCUGCAGUUACAUGGCGAAGUUGAGAAUAAACCCUAAGUAGGCAUCAUUUAUGUAAAAACUUGCAUUGUAUUUUUACUCUACCACAUAGAUUAUAACAAAAGUAAAAUAAAAUAGAGGACAAAAGUCUCUUUUGUAUCUCAUGGUCUACUUAGGUAAUGUACUGCUAAAAUUAACAAGGUUAUAUAUGUAUUCACAGCAGCAGGCAUUAAGAAACCUGUUGAAGAGUUUACAUUGGUACAAAGAACUCGCCACACUAGGGGAAAGCAGUGAUGGUGUGUUUGCCUUUUGAAAACAUUUUCAUCACCUCCACCAAGGUUUUUCUCCUUAGGCGUGCAGACAUGUCCUGGAGGAAGGCCUCUUACACUUCAGCUAUUGACUUCAGUUCACUUAAGUCUCAAGCCCAACUUCAAUACGGAAGUAAAGGGACAAGAACUGUUCUUUCAGAACUACAAACAAAAAUAUCCUGAACUGUUUUUAAAAAGGGAAUAUAUUCUUUCAUUGCGACCCAAAAAAAGUUGUAAUAAAUCCAUCUUACUGGACAGGUACUCAUAAGAAAUGGUUUUGCGGCUUAUCCCUCAAGUAUAUUUGAAAUAUACUUCCAAAACUGCCUUCAUUGGAAGAAACGAGGAACAGUUUGGGAAUUCUUUCAAGAUUAGAAAGGCAGUUAGUUCUUCAGUUAUCAAUCAGAAAAUUACCGAUUUUUUUUUAAAAAAAUUCAAUUUUCUGUUAGGAGUUCAUUAAUUUAAAAAAACACAAAUGACAUGUCGAAGUCAGAUUAAUUAGGUAUUUGUAUGUAUCCAGUAUCAAAGUGUGGGAGACAAAGGAGAAAACUCUACCCAGCUUCUUCACUCUUCAGACUAGUGUUCAACUAGUGCUAGAUAAGUUUCCUCCUAAAUGGAUAAGUAUUUAAAUAGACAAAUCUUACAAAUCGAAUUUUUUUUUUUACCAGACUUAACACUAUUUCAUGCUAGGCUCAUUAAACAAACCAAACACCACCCCCAAACUUACAGUUCCAAUUUUUGGUCAUUUACACAUAGCCACUUGCUCUUUAAACAGAUAUUUUACUAUCUUUUAUUAGGAAAGGUAAAACAGAAAUGGUUGAAUUAAAUAUGAGCAUUAUCUCUAUCAAAGCCAGAGUUUCUCUUUCAACCAUUUCAAACUGAAACUGGAAACAUUACUUCUAAUGGAAUACUUUGAAGAGUAGUAACUGCAGAAAUCACUGCUAUUUAGUGUGCAGCACUACUGAUGUUAUUCCUUUAUAACAGCAUUUGAAACGGCAAAAGAUGUGUCUUUAAUUCAUAUUUUUUAAGGCACUAAUAUACAAUAGACAUUGUCUCUCUGGGUGGUUUUAGCACAGAAUGCUGAGCAACCUCCCAAGAAGGGCCACUGUUUUCUAGUGGAUUAAGUCAGCCAAGAAGCCCUGAUAUUAAUACAAGUCCUGCAAUAGUCACAGGGCAAGAUCUCUCAGCCGUUUAAAAAUGGGAAUAAUGCACUCUGAGUAUAGAUGUACUGAGAGAUGGGGAAAGUUUUUAAAUUUAUUUGAAGAUAUAAAAAGUAGACCUGCAAAGUCACAGGAAAAAUAUUUUUAGAAAUAAGAUAGUCCAGAAGAUCAUUUGUGAUAUUAGAUCUUUGCUCUCUUUACUAGGAUAAUCCAGUCUGGUUUAUGGGAAGAGAGGGCAAAGAAGCCCUCCAGAACUGGAUUAAAAUGGCUUUUCUUUUCCUGACUACUACAAAGAUAAAAUACAUCCAUGUUUUCAUUCUAUAAAAGCUGAACAUGCAAGGCAGUUUAGUCCUCAUCAGUUUUUUGUUACAUGGCAUACUGGUUUGAAGCCUUCUUAAUCUUAAAAGUUCACUAUUUUAGUAUCUCUAUUCAGCCAAGUGGUUGAAAUACUGAGAAAUUAUUUAAUUUAAUAUCCAUCUGAAAACAUCUAGAGUAACCAGUAUUUAUCAGGUAGCUCAACAAGUAGUCAUACAGUAAACACUGGUUUUGUACAAAACCCAGUUAUAUUGAUACCAAACAGGCUGCACUGCAAUUAAAAAGUGUUCUGAGGCAAACAAAUUCCUUCUCUUCUGAUCACCUUCUGCUUAUCAAUCACAUCAGUAUGUCCUACCCUCUAUUCCAAACAGUGAAAAGGAAGUUACAAAACUGCUAAAUUAGGACCAUGUUUGCCUUUUAAGCCAAGAGAAUUAAACUGGAUUUUUAGCUGUAUAGAACUAAGUAUUCUCUCCAACUUGUACAUGAUGCACCUGUAUUAAUUUAUGCGGCUGUUUAGUUACAAGUGUUGCAAGCUGAUUGUAAGUCAUCAGUAUGUGCCUUGUACUGUAAACUGUUAUUGUAAUAAAUUUAAUAUUCAUAAUCCA